AACAUGAUGAGAGAGAUCGAAGAACUAGCUGCUUUUAAGACAUCUUUGGGCUAUGUUCUAUGAUAAUUGAGUAUCAAUACAUCAGACAUCAGUGUUUUAGUAACAGGACUGUAUUUUAGAAAAUGAUGAGAGAGAUCGAAGAAGCAGAUGCAUCUAAGACGUCUUUGGGCAAUGUUAUGCUAUAUCUGAAUAUCAACACCUUAAUCAGACAACUGCUGUUUUAGUAACAGAAUUAUAUUCAAG